AUGGAUCCAAACAUUGACCCUGAAGUCACCAAGCAACAGGAAGUGAUGGAUGCCAUAGCUAACGCUACCUCAGUACUACACAAUCAAGUAUCUGAAGAUAUGACACAUGGUACGCCACACGAAAUCGAUGAUAAAGAUGUUAGCUUCACUAAGGAAUCAGAACUAGGCUAUGAAUUUAUCAAUGAAGACCAUGUAAAGGAUAAUGAGCCUGCAUCAACAUCUACUACAACUGCAGCAGAGGCUGCCUUACAUGUUUUACUUAAUGCACAUAACAAUGGUGAAGAAUUAUUUGAACAAUAUGAGUCUGAAACAACUACUCAACCAAACGCAAAGGAAAAUGUGGUACCAAAACCGAGCAGAACAGCAACUCCAAGUACAUCUUCAAAUGGCGGUGAUGUGACAUUGGUAUCAUAUGACCCAGAUGCAAAAACACCACGUUUAGGAAGACCAAGAAGAAAUCUCACAAAUACUUUAGCUCCGCCUGAAUCAUCAUCUUCUAAAAAUUAUAAUGAAGCCAUUAUGUCAAAAUUUAGGUUAGAUUCUCAACCAGUUGAAGGACCUGGAUCUAGAGGUGGUAAAGGUGGAAGAAAAAGUCCUAGAGGUAGAAUUACUUCUAGUUCAAUUAGAAAGAAGGCUCAAUCCACAUUAAAUUUCAAACCUAUCAAUGGCGAAGGAAUUAGCAUUGGGUUGGCUGAUAAGAAUGGAAAGAGUGUCAAUAAUGACGAUGCUUCAAAACCACAGAAAUCCAAUACAGGAUCAGCUGAAAAUUCUACAACGUCCACUCCCCCAAAAUCCCCAAAAUUGAUUUUAAAAUUAGGUGUCAAAAAACCAGAAUCAAACACAGUACCAACUUCUAAUAAACCAGUGAAGAUAGCACCAGCACCUCCUGUGUCCAUGAAAAGAGUACAGACUCCAACCCCUGCUCCACCGAACAAAAGAUCAAAACCUGUGAAAAAAUUUAGUAGAACAACGGUGUUAAAUGGCAAACAAAAGAUAACGCGUCAAUUACCUGGACCUCUAGUUGGGUUAGAUUACGACUUGUAUGAUGAUGGUUUAGUAGAUCAAUAUUUUGAUUCCAUACAUGAAAAAAUUGGUCUUGGAUAUCCCGUUGCUAAGGCUCCAUAUGCAAGUGAUAUUGUCUUUAUUUUAUCUUUUCUCAUAAAAUUUAAACAUGUUAUUCCAGUUGAUUCUAUUGGUCCGGGAACUAUUGAAUAUGGAUUAAGUUUACCAAGGUUAGAUGAUACAUAUGAUGAGAACCCUAGCAAGUACAACCUCCGCAAGCCCCGAGCAGACGACGAUGAUUAUGACCCACUGUUCAUAUCUCCUGAAAUGCACAGUUUAUUCUUGAAAUUGUUAGGAUUGGUUUUGAAUCGUAAGAAACCAGUGACAUCCCAUACAAAGGCUAUUCAAGAUCUAAAACCUCAGAGUAUAAGUUUAGGUUUACCAUUGGAAUGGAAGACUUUGAAAGCAGCUGACGAGCAGAACAUAGAUGACGAAGCUGAAGAGCCAGUGGAUCCAACACAUCCUGAUAUUUUAAUAGACAAAGUACCUCAAAGUCAUACAUGGUUAGUAACAUUCAAUCCAUUUUAUACUGCUGAAUUUGAAACUAACGGGUUAGCUGGAUUGGAGAAUCCAAUAGAUAGGUUGGUAAUGUUACGCACCCUUGUCCAUUGGGCAUUAAGUAAUUCUGAAAUAAUUAAGAAGGAAAUGACUUUGAAUGUUCAAAAACAAGACAUGCCUGGUGAUAAGGAAACAUAUUAUGCUGCAAGAUCUAUUCUUUAUGGUUUCAAGAAUGCUCAAGAUACAAAAACUGCUGCUGAAGCAAAAUUGGCUAAAAGGAAAUCCGAAGAAGAGGUAAGAUAUAUUGAUCCUACUUCUGAUCCAAAAGCACAUACUUUAAACAUACGAUUGAACGAACAAAUAGCCGGUGAUAUUGGUUUUGGAAUUGGAAGAUUCUACUUGUGUCGAAUGGCUGAUGAAUACAACGGUGGAUUAUCGUCCAUCAAGAAAAUGAAUACUGUAUGGAAUGGUCCUGCUGGUUUGAAUGGUCCUUUACCAUCAAACUUUAAAUUGUACAUUCAAGAUGUUCACCAAAUGUUAGUUGAAUCAUUAAGUGUUGUAGGAGUUGAAUUUGAUGUGAAUGGAAAUGAAGUCAAACCUACAUAUAAAACUACAGAUGAGCAAGAGCAAUGGUAUGAAGUGGCAUCCAAUGGGCAAGAAUUACGGGAAUUUACAGAAUUUCUUGCCGGAAGAUUGGGUAUAACUGAAGGAUCUACCUCAUUAAUCCCAAUGGCAUCUAUAAUCUACAAACCUGUUCUUCAAUUGUAUGAGUAUUUAUCAAGAAUUCUUCCUUUGAUUGAGAAACAAGAAAGCUUGAUUGAAACCAGAAGAUCUACAAGGAAAAGGCCAAUUGACUAUAGUGAUCGACGUGCCGCUGCCAGAUACAAUGACGUUGUGGAUGUUGAUGACUUUGUCGAUGAAAAUGGGAAUGAGGACGAUAAUUACGUUGAGAUGGAUGGUGUUGAAGAUGAUGACGAUGAUGAAGAAUAUCUCGAUUAA